AUGGCUCCAGACCCUUCGUUAUCGCCGAAUGCUCCGAUUCUACCCAAUCACGGCCAACAGGCAACCCGCAUCCCGUCGGAUCUGGCCCUGAUCCUUGAUGACGCCAGCUCCGCCCCGGCCGGUUCCCAAGACGGGCCACGGGCCAAAAAGCGGUCCCGGAGAACGACCGACUACACCCAUAGGAAGCGAGUCAAGUGCGAUAAUGCCAGGCCUAGUUGCGGCUACUGUCUUCGUCAACGUGCGAGAUGCGUUUAUGGCGAGAAUGAUUCGCCUCCACCUCUUUCCUCUGUUGGGAAUGAUGCCGAGGGUGAGGGUUCGGAUCAAAAGAUCCUUGCAAGACUUGACGAGAUCAAAGACAUGAUUGGGCGGUUACAGGUAGUCUCGCCAGUCGCAUCUGGUGCAAGUUCGACAACCUCGCCGCAGACGACAUCGAAUUAUCAGGACAUAUCGCCGGAGGUUGUUCAGUCUCCUCCAAUCGAGGUCCCUAGAUACCAACAAUCGACAGACCGUGCUAGAUUUUCAAGACCCAAUUCGUCUUCUUUCAUGGCCUUUAGGUGCGAAGGUAUACUCAAAUGGCCAGUUUUGCACGACAUCGUGCCAGAGAAGGAUGCCCAAAUUGACUCCUUCCUCCUUGUACCUGAACAGAGCGAUGGGUACUAUGGAGGAGAUGGGGGCAAUCGACAUAGCGCUGGGUUAACAGGCUCGCUUCAAGAUGGGGGGCUCACACGGCUGUAUCAAAGGUUUCUCACUCUCUUCCAUCCUCGAAACCCAAUCCUGGAUAGCAAGCAGCUCAUGAGAUUCGCAAAGAUCGCCGACGAGGAUGGCCUGCGAUGGGAUUCGGCUUCUUGUCUUGUGCUGUUGGCAUCUGCUCUAGGAGUCACCACCCAACCAUGGAAGAAGCCACCAGAAACCCACGCAGAUAUGCUACUGAGAGCCCCAGAUACGCCAGAUACAGCUCCGUUCUUUGAGAACAAAACCAACGCAGAAGCGCACUUUCUCGCAGCUAAGACGAGACUCGGCUUUUUGGGUGAUAGCUUGUUAGACAUACAGUGUCUUUUUCUAGCAUUCAUCUACGAGAAGACAUAUUUUCGGCACCUUCAGGCAUGGUUCUAUCUUCAACAAGCUACCGCUAGGCUUCAGGUCCGCCUGCUGAAAACUGGCACAAGGCCAUGGGCAAGUUCCGAAUCCUCUGGGUCAAACGAUCUCCACAUCGAGCAGAGAGUUUUUUGGUCUUGCUUCAGAGCUGAAAGAGAGUUUCUACUCGAGAUAGACCUACCACCUAGUGGCUUGGGAGACUUGUCAUAUCCCGAUCCUCUUCCAGAGCCACCACUCACGUUUGCUACCUUAGCUGCCGAUAUCGACACAAAGGGUUUGUCACCAACUAACUACGACUCGCAAUUUGAAGAGAGAGGCUGGUGUUAUUACUUGGCCGAGAUCUCCCUGAGGAGAACCAUUGAUGAUACGCUUCAACAUCUCGCUGAAGGUGGAGAAGAGUUUUGGUUAAGCAACCCUUCCCAGCUCGUCCACCAAUACCAUGAGCUGGAGAAACAGAGAUCAAUAUGGCGUUUCCAUCUGCCUACUAUCGUCCAAUUCGACGAUGAUCAAGUCCCCGAUAACGAAUUCGCCUUUGGUCUCCGCAGCCGCUUCCUCGAAUGGAACGAACUUUUACUCCGUCCUAUUCUCUACCACGUUCUACACUUACCUUCCGACCAGACAGCGCCUCCAGAAUGUGUUGAGCUUGCAGAGAAGGCAGUUCAUGUAUGCGUACAGAAGAUCCACGAGUAUCAACACACGUUGCGGCACGGUGGUUCCUGGUUCAUCACCCGUCGCAUCCUUGCUUAUGCUUGUCUUGUGUUGGCAGCUGCGAGACAACCUGAGCGCAGGAUCAAGCUUCCUGUUUUGGAGUCAAGACGCGGCAGAUGUCAGACACAUGGCUUUAACUCUGGAUUUGAUGUUUUCUAG